AUGUUCAUCUCGAGGCCUGUUAUUACGAGCAUUGGCUCCAGAACCUCAGUUCGACUCACCACGACAGGCCUCAGAUACCUGACCACCGCUGUUCCAAAGUUCCCCUUCUCACGCCCUCGCGGAGCCGAGCCUCCAGCAGAAUACGCCAGACUGCGCGCAACCGACCCGGUAUCCAAGGUCGAGCUCUGGGACGGCAGCCAGGCAUGGCUCGUGGUGAAGCACAAGGAUAUAUGUAGUGUCCUGACAGACCAGAGGCUUUCCAAGCAGCGCAAUCGUCCCGGGUUUCCCGAGCUCGACGCGGGUGGAAAGGAGGCAGCGAAGCGAAAGCCAACGUUUGUCGACAUGGAUCCGCCGGAGCAUAUGCAGCAGAGGAGCAUGGUCGAACCCCUAUUCACCCGCGAGCAUAUUGAUGGCAUGCGCCCGCAUAUCCAACAGACGGUCGAUACCCUGAUUGACGAGAUGAUUAAAGGGGGCGGGAAGCCUGCAGUGGACAUCGUCGAGAAGCUCGCAUUGCCAACUGCAUCGUACAUCAUCUAUGGGAUCCUCGGUGUCCCGUUCAAGGACCUCAAAUAUCUCACUCAACAGGCUGCUAUCCGUAGCAAUGGCAGCGCAACUGCGGCUGCUGCAUCCGCAGCUAACCAGGAACUCCUCGAGUAUAUUGGGGGCCUCGUGGACCAGAGAAUUGCCGAGCCACGGAACGAUCUCAUCAGCGAACUGGUUGUAGAGCAGCUCGAGCCAGGACAUCUGCAGAGAGACGAUGUUAUACAGAUGGCGUUCCUGAUGCUUGUUGCCGGCAAUGCCACGAUGGUGAACAUGAUCAAUCUGGGUAUCGUAACACUCUUUGAAAACCCGUCCCAGCUUGCAGACCUCAAGAAGGACCUGUCCCUUGUACCGCAAUUCGUCGAAGAGCUCUGCCGCUUCCACACAGCAUCUGCCAUGGCCACGCGCCGUGUUGCAAAGGUCGAUAUCGAACUCGGCGGCAAGACUAUCAAAGCCGGCGAAGGGAUCAUCGCCGCUACACAGUCCGGAAACCGUGACGCCGACGUGUUCCCUGACCCAGAUACCUUCAACAUGCACCGCAAGCGUGGCGCAGAGUCGGCAUUUGGCUUUGGAUACGGCGAGCAUCGCUGCGUUGCCGAGUGGCUGGCUCGUGCUGAGCUUGAAAUCGUCUUCAACCUCAAGCUUGCCGUCCCACUGGAUGAAGUGAAGUAUUCAGACCCAUCAAAGGAUGUUGGAAUCAUCGAACUCCCUAUUACUUGGUAG